CAGCAGCCGCAGCUAGCAGCAGCUAGCAAGCAGCACAUACGAAUCCUCAACGUUAGCAUUUCCACUCCCAGUCGCAAAGAGACCGCCCUGCAAUCUAGACGUGAUCAGCAGCCCAUCAAUAAAUAAAAUACAAUAGAGAUAUACUCGCGGUGUUCGGUUUGACAAAUACAAUAUUUUAGAAGAUUAAUCCCGAGCAUCGGCGAUCUAUAUACGAGCGGGUCAGGAGGUCUAGCAGAUAGGAGGAGGCGGAGGAGUAGCAGCUCCAGCUCCAGCUCCAUCUCUCCAUAUCCCAGUCGUAAAGAUUCGAUUCGAUUCGAUACGAUCGAUCCAUCCAUCCAGCCAUCGAUCGAUCGAUCGACCGAACCGAACCAAACCGAUCCGAUCUUGAAGUGUUGUGCGCGUGUGUUUUUCGAAAGAUCUUCAAAAGUGGUGACAGUGCGGCUUUGAAAUCCGAUGCCAGCGGUUCAGAGAAUCAACGAAAUCCUGCUGGAAAACCGAGCUGCCAUGGAAACCCCCGCACGCACGCAUAUGUGCGCCUAGUGGGUAAUUUCCCGAGUCUAUCGCAUUUUCCGAGCUGCCUGUUCGAACAGUUGAUAAUCCGCCGCCCGGGCGAAUGCAACGUGUCCUGGUCUCGAGCCGGAAAACCGUGAUUUGUGAACUGUGAACUGAGAUAUCGUAGAUAAGCAAGAAGUGUACAUAUAUAUUUUGUUGCUCUGGCCAAAGCAUUGUGAAAUCGCAUACGACGAGUGGCUGAGAUCACUCCACCAAAAUGACUUCCCUCGUGUACACCGUCUUUCACCUGGCCUCGCUCCAGUGCUCCGUGCGUCCGGAGAUCUCGCCCUGCACCUGCGAAACGGGCAAGGCCUGGAACCAUGUGGAGCUCUCCUGCGAGAAACUGGAGUCCUUUAACGCCGUGGUAGACAGCCUGGCCAAUAAGCUCAAUGCCGACACCAACAUCGACCUGAAGAUCACGCACUCACAACUCGACGACCUGGAAAUGCGAUCGUUUACGGAUAUGAACUUCAACUUGUACAAGCUGCGGAUGCAGUGGAACAGUCUCAAAUCGCUGCCCGAGGUGCCGUUCCGCGGGUUAUCGAAUGUCACCUACCUAAGCAUCGGCGACAACGACCUCGACGAGAUCCCGAAGCACGCCCUGAGCCACAUGCCGAGCCUUUUGACUCUGGACAUUGGGCGGUGCAAGAUACGGGCGGUGCAGCAGGAGGACUUCCGGGGCAUUCAACGGGUGACGAACCUGAUCCUGGUGAGCAACAUCAUCACGCGCCUGGACAGAGGAUCCUUUCCCAAGAGCCUUCUCAUCCUGCACUUGGGUAGAAACCAACUGGAGUCGCUCAAUGGCUCGCUUCACGAUCUGCACAACUUGGAGUCCCUGUUCAUCAAUGCGAAUAACAUCACCUCGCUGGAUGACGAGCUGCCCGAUGGCGGGCAGCUGCGCCUCCUGAUGGCCCACAACAAUAGGUUGGAACGCCUACCUGCCAACAUGGCCGGCAUGCACAGCCUGGAGACGGUCCACAUACACUGCAACCAACUGAGAUCCUUCGAUCGCGUACUUCGCAAUGCCGUCAAUCUGUCCGAGGUCAUGGCCGACAACAAUGAGCUGGAGUACUUAGCCCAGGACGAAUUCGCCACCUGCUCCAAGGUGGAGACCCUGCAGAUGGGCUGUAACCACAUCAAGUCGCUCAACUCCUCGCUACUGCCCAUCCUUAAGCUGAAGAACGCCAACUUUUCAUUCAACGACAUCGAAGAGUUUUCCAUGGCGGAACUGCACGGACUGCGUUCGCUGAAGACACUCCAGCUGUCCAGCAAUCGCAUCCAACGUCUGCUGCCCGAUCCCCGUGGAGUGCAGGAGCUGAUGCUUGUCAACCUGGAUCUGGAUAACAACAGAAUCGACUCUCUGAAUGGAGCUUUGGCCGGCUUGGGCAAUCUGCGGAUACUGAAUUUGGCUGGAAACCGAUUGAAACACCUCCAGGUGGGGGAUUUCGAUGGCAUGAUCCGUUUGGACAUCCUCGACCUGACCGGGAAUCAGCUGGCGGAGCUCAAGCCCUUGGAAAUGACUUUGUUGCCCAGCCUGAAAAUCCUUAAGGUUGCCUACAACAAUAUCACCAAACUGGAACAGGACUUCAAGGGACUGCCCGUUCUGUGCCAGGCCAACUUGACCAACAACCAGAUCACGUCCAUAUCAAGCGAACUCGUCACCAACACACGAUGCAAAAAUCACAAUGUGCCCGGCAAACUGGAGAUACAUCUAGAUGACAAUCCCAUCAUGUGCGACGUGGGGUUGAACGAGUUGUGUCGAUUGAUGGCAGACCAGGAGGCCCGAAUUCGAGGUCGAUCCCAGUGCUUUGAGAAUGACCAGGAGGUGUGCAUAGUACUCCCGAUACUAUACAAUGUGAACCUGCCCAUGAUGUUGACCAAUCUGAAGUUGGCAGGCGAGGCUCCAAAGCCAAUGGUGCGGGUAAUCAUGCCAUCGCUGAUCAAGGCCAAUAAUGAGCUAUUACCGCCACUCAUUGCCACUCUGGGUAAUCCAGUGCUCAUUAGCACCGCAUUGGUCAAUCCGGUGAUAUCGCCACUACCAACACCACUUCUGCUGACCACCACUACGCCGCCAUCACCUCUGCCACUUCCCGUGGCAGCAGAAGAGGAGAAGAAUGAGCCUACCGCCGCGAAUCCAGUUGCCACGGACAACACACAGGAGACCACGACUACCACAAGUACCACAACGACGGCAACAACAGAGACCAGUAGUCAGGUGGCUCCCAUCGAGGUGAUAACCACCACAGCACCCACCACGACGACCACCAGCACCACGACACCGAAACCCAAUGAAACGCUGCCCGUGAUUGUGGAACUGCAGGAUCACAAUGCGCAGGACACUCCAGACAAUCAAACGGAUGUAGGAGUGGCUCAGGAUGAGGCAUCUGCCCUGGUUCCGCCAGUGAUUCUCGAUCCCCUGCAGCAGGACCUGGAAAGGGAGAGGGAGCGCGAAAGGGAGCGAGAACUAGAGCGGGAUCUGGACCACGAGGCGGUGGCCAAGACCGAAUACGAGACGGUCGAGUACAUCCCCAAUCUGGUGCAGCCUCCGGUGGGCAAUGAUGCACUGACGCCGCCUCCGAGCAAGGCGAAUGCGCUGGAGGAGGACUCCGAGUCGGUGCACUCCAACUCAGUGCACGCGGAGUAUCCGCACGCGGCGCAGAGCCUCCAGAUUCCCGAGGAACCGCCGGAGGAGUGAGUCCUGCGCUUGGAGGGGUUAGACUCCUCGGGGGAAUCCCCCGAAAAUAACCACAUUAUUUUACUGUAAAUCGCAGACGGAUGGAGGCGGUGGAAUCGAUGGAGAUCGGACGGAGCAGCAUGCAAACGGCGGAAGGAGCGAGUUUCGGAUUUGUAUGCCUUAAGUUAACUUAGUUCUUAUGUUUUAUUUAAGCCAUCGCUAAAUCGAACAGUUGUCGAACCAAACGCUUUUUUGUUGAGUUUUUUUCGUCGAUUUGAAUGCAAAAUUCGAUACGAUUACCGGGGUUUUUCAAUCCUGAAUUCGGGACAAACGGACGAGGACAGUCUUAUGAUUUAAGCUUAUUUGUUGGGGGCUCAAUUUCGCGUAUGUGUGUUUUGGCGUUGGCAAGCGGAACUCUUUCGGUUUUCAAUUUCACGGAAUUAAAAGAAAUUUUCCAAAAAUGUUAAAAUUAUAUGGAUUUAAAAAAAAUGUAUUCUUAAUUCUCUUAAAUGUCUAGAGCUGAUUAUAUAUUGAUACAUUAAAACACAUAGAAAGGUGAUACAUUUUCUAAAAACAAAUCUGAAUAUAAGUCGGCUCGCUUAGUAUAAUCAU